AUUCUUAAUAUCAUCAUUUCCCGAAAUUAAGAAUGGGUGGGUUCCUUUUCGUUUCCCUUAGCGGCGGCCGCAACAUGCUAGCUGUCCUUGUGUUGUUAUUUGCCUCACUUCAACCAUAUUGUAAUAACCAUCCAUGGAUGCAUGCUCAGAGUUUGACGUCUUGGGGGGGUAGCGAUCAUUAUUGCAACCUGUAUGAGGGAAGCUGGGUGCGUGCACCAUCUGAUUAUUAUACACAGCAGGGAGACUGCCCACUAGACUUAGUUCCAGCCAAUCGCCAGUGCUCUAACAAGCAUGAUAAGGAGUACCUCAAUUACAAGUGGCUGCCCACCAAUUGUGAUCUUCCACCGUUUGAUGUAAAUGGUUUCUUGGGAAAGUAUAAAGGCAAAACGGUGAUGUUCGUGGGAGACUCCAUAGCACAAAACCAGUGGAUGUCACUGACAUGCUUGAUUUUCAGGCAUUUUUGGAGCUACACCCGCAGCUACAUCAAAAACCACCAGCAGAAGGUGAUUGCCAUCAAUAUCUUUUUCCAUGAACCGGCAAUCAGUAUUGUCUACCAACAAAAUCGGUUUCUGGUUGACAUGGUGGGUGAGAGUGAUCCCAUUAAUGGCCCGGUCAUAGUGCUUGACUCCAUCUCAUCUGAAAUUACCCAACUCUGGUUGACGGCCGAUCUCUUAGUUGUCAACAGUUAUCAUUGGUGGACGCACAGCGGCUCCAUACAACCAUGGAAAUAUUUAGAAAUUGACGGUAUGAAGUAUAGUACAAUGGAUCACAUGAGUGCGUAUGAUCGUGCUUUAAAUACAUGGGCUAAAUGGGUGGAUAAAAACAUUGAUCCCCAGAAGACAAGAGUCUUUUUCCAAGGGAUAUCUGCUUUGCAUCUAAAUUACUGGACGCCAAAUGGCGAAAAAAGAGAGAACUGCUUGGGGGAAAGAGAGCCAAUAAAGGGCUCAACUUUCCUAGGAAUGCCCUAUCCAGGAGAGCUUUCCCAAGGGCUUGGUCAGGGGGUCGGCUAUGUUGUCGUCUGUUCCUACUUUGCAAAUCUCCACAUUGCCUUUGUCUGCGAUUUCUCAAGCAUAUGGGACCUUCAUCAUGAGUUCCUUCUGCUCGGGAGUAGAAGGACACUGGCUUUUGGAAAGAGUCGUGUCAGUUCUUGCACUAUGGGUUCUAGCAAAGCCCAGAGUACGAAGAAGGUCAAAAAGAAGAAAGGGAAAGGAGAUGACUCGUCGCAGCUACCAAGCAUAGAUACGGACGUUGCUAAUGAAUUGGAGGAGAAGGAGAAGGACCAGGCUUAUUCCUUCACUUCUGAGACAUCACCUCACUGUGAGGAGAUUGAGGAUACUGCUGGUCCUUUGGAGACGAAUACUCCAGGCAACAGAGACCCUAACCAAGGUAUGAUGUUGAAGCAAUAUGAUGUUGGUGAAGGCAUCUUGCGUAUUCCAGACUCAAUUAUCAAACCUGUUGAAGAUAUUUGGGGGUUUUGUCUUGUGGGCUGCUUUACUGGUCGUUUCCCUGGCCUUAAAGCUGUCGAUGCCAUUGUUAAAAGCUGGAAUAUUCCCUGUAGAAUCAUACCCCAUUGUAAGGGUUGGGUGGUGCUGAAAUUUGAAAAUGACAAGGACAGGUAUGAAGUGCUGGGAAUGGAGAGGAGCAAGGCUUAUGGCAAAGAGUUUAGGCUUAAAAUACCCUCUCAUGGCUUCAUGUUUGACUUCGCUGAAUUCACCACCUUGCCAGUAUGGAUUCAGUUACACAAUGUUCCUUUGCAAUUAUGGGUUCUUGUUGAGGUGGAUUUCUCUAAAGAACCAGUUACUAGCUUUGAGGUGGAAUGUAUGGGGAAAAACUAUGUCCAAACAGUGGAAUUUGAGGAGGAGCCCAAAUAUUGCUUCCACUGCCUGACAUGGAACCAUAGCCCAUUCAACUGCAGAGCUUUGGAACAAACGAAGAAGAAAGAAUUGAGUAACUUGGUGGACAGCAAGGCUUCUCAAAUGCAAUCUAAAGGUGAUCCUAAUGCCAAGAACAAAGUUUUGACUAACGUCCCUACGAAACCUGGGGAAGCUUUGGCAGGAUUGGAGAAGAAAAGGAAGAAAGGACAGGAUGGUGCUCAUGCUGGGAAGAAACAGGAUUUUAAGAAGGGAGGAACCAAGUUAGAGGGGUUUGUGAAUGCCAAACUACCUGGGUGGAAAUGGUCUUCUAAUUUUGAUAUUAUUUCUGGAGGCCGUAUGGUUAUUUUGUGGAAUCCAUCCGUUUUUACUUGCAAUGUUUUGAGAAGGGCCUUGGAGGCCAAAGAAGAAUACAACUUGGUGAUGAAGGAGGUGGUGGCAGAUCCUAACAACCAAACCCUCCUUGAGGAUGCUGAAAUCAAAAGGAAGCGUGCCAACUUCCUUCUUGAUGCUGAGCUUGAAUUUUACCAACAGAAAGCCAAGUGUGACUUUCUUUUGAAGUCUGACAGUACUUUGCUUGCCAGCGUGAGUCUUGAGGAGGUGAGGGAGGUGGUCUUUGAUAUUGGGAAUGAUAAGGCACCUGGUCCUGAUGGGUAUACUGCUGCAUUUUUCAAAAGCCAAUGGCCUACUGUUGAGAAGGAUGUUUAUGAUGCUGUUUUAGAAUUCUUUACCUCUGGGAAGCUGCUGAAACAAAUCAAUCAUGCUAUGAUUGUUUUAUUACCCAAAUCUGCCCAUAAUCCAUCUGUAAAGGACUUUAGACCUAUUGCAUGCCUAAAUGUCCUCUACAAAAUUAUCACCAAAAUCCUUGCUAGGCGUAUGACACCUUUACUGUCCGCCCUAAUUGAUCCAGCGCAAGGGGCUUUUGUCAAAGGGAGGUCACUUGUGGACAACUUGCUGCUGGCUCAACACCUGAUCAGGGAUUAUGCUAUUAAAAGGUCUACCCUUAGUUGCAUGAUCAAAUUGGACAUCACUAAGGCCUACGAUACAGUUUCUUGGAGCUUCCUACGGGAUGUCAUGGUUGGUCUGGGUUUCUCAACCAGGGCUGUGAUUCAGGGGGUGCAGUCCUUUUGGCUACAGGCCUUCCCAGUCCAAAAGUACGUCCUAGAUCGCAUAACAGCUUUAUGCCAUAACUUCCUUUGGGGGAGUAAAUUUGCGAAAGUGGCUUGGGCUGAUGUUUGCAAACCCAAAACAGAGGGGGGGCUGGGCCUUAGAGAUGCCGGGAACUGGAAUAAUGCUAUGUUAUGCAAGCUUUUUUGGAAUUUGGCAGCAAAGAAAGAUUCUCUUUGGGUCAAGUGGGUCCAUUGUGUUUAUCUUAAACAGGAAGAUAUUUGGCAGUGGCAACCCAAGAAGAGGCAUAGUGUCUUCUUUAAAAGGUUAGCCUAUGUGUGCGGGCUUUUGAUCCAAAAGCUUGGUGAUCAUAUUCCCUCUUUGGAAGUGGCUAUGCAAACUCUUUGUAUGGGAGGAAACCUUGUUCCGAGUAAGGUUUAUGAUUUGUUUAGGGUUAAGGCUAAUCCCAAGCCUUGGAUGUCCUUUAUCUGGCAUUCAACUAUUCCCCCAAAGUGCUCCUUUACGAUGUGGCUUGCACUUAGAAGGAGGUUGCCCACUAAAGCUAACUUGGAAUUCUUGGGUUUACCCUUGGACUGUACUCUGUGUGGUCAAGGCCUGGAGGAUAUGGAUCAUUUGUUUUUUCAAUGCUCUUUUUCAAGGCAGGUUUGGGCAGCUAUUAAGUUAUGGCUUGGAAUAGAGGGACAGUUGGGGUCACUGGACAGGGCAAUCCGAUGGCUGAGAACCUUUCGAAGAGGUGGUGCGCUUUUGAAGAAGAUGAGGAAACUCGCUUUGGCAUGUACGAUGGCUCUAAUGGUGACGAGGAUCUCCGGAACGAUUAUUAGCAUAGCCUGCAGACCCAAAACGCCGCCUUUUGUGCACGGAUCAGCAGACGGGUAUCUACCCGACCCGUGUGGGAAACCAGGUUCGCCAUUUUCGACCUCCACAACGACGGCGGCCGUGGAGGAUUCGCCGGACAGGAUCUUGGGAUUACCCAAGGAUUACGAGGAUUACCGGCGGUCGAUGUAUGGUGGGCUGACCCACAAGGCUCUCCUAGUUGAUGCCGUCGGCACUCUAGUUGCUCCCUCUCAGCCCAUGGCUCAGGCUGGUUUUAUGUCUUUAUCUAACAUCUUCUUUUUCCCAGCUUUUAUGUGUGGUAGAAGCUGCAAUAAUGUAAAUUGCAUAUUGAUUUUGUCUUAUUUUGAAUCGAAUAAUGGUAAAUUUAUGGAGUUUAAAGACCCCCCUGGUUGGUUUUGUUGAUUUCUCUUUCCCCUAAAGUUUCAGAUAUACAGGCAGAUUGGUGAGAAGUAUGGGGUGGAGUGUUCUGAAGCUGAGAUACUGAACAGAUACAGAAGGGCUUAUGAGCAACCUUGGGGUAGAUCUAGGCUCAGGUAUGUUAAUGAUGGGAGGCCAUUCUGGCAGCAUAUAGUGAGUUCGUCUACUGGAUGUUCUGACUCUGGGUACUUUGAGGAGUUGUAUAACUAUUAUGCCACUAAUGAGGCUUGGCAUCUCUGUGAUCCUAAUGCAGAGAGGGUAUUCAAGGCUCUCAGAAAUGCAGGGGUAAAGUUGGGUGUUGUUUCUAACUUUGACACACGAUUGAGACCUUUGUUGAGGGCUCUCAACUGCAAUCACUGGUUUGAUGCUGUGGCUGUGUCGGCUGAAGUUGAAGCAGAGAAGCCAAAUCCAACAAUAUUUUUAAAAGCUUGUGAAUAUUUAGGAGUGAAUCCAGAGGAUGCUGUACAUGUAGGAGAUGACCGUAGAAAUGACGUUUGGGGGGCUAGAGAUGCUGGUUGUGAUGCUUGGCUUUGGGGCAGCGAUGUCCACUCCUUCAAAGAGGUUGCCCAGAGAAUAGGAGUUGACGUUUGACCGAACAAUGGUUUACCCUCUCCUAGGAUUUGAGGUUUUUCAUGGUGCAAACUUUUUUUAAAAUUGUUUUGUUCUGUGAAUCAUCGACCAGCUACAAAUGGUAUGGGGAGUGAAACUCACCCAAAUGUAAAUUGUUGAUCCAUAUAUGUAAUAAUAAUAGCCUUUUGUGUUAUCUUCUUCCCGUUCACAAUAACUUCUCCCUUCUCCC